AUGGCCUUGGCAAUCUCUUCAUUUCUUAUCAAACCCUUCUUUCUUCCAACCAAACACAUCUCCUACAAUAACAACGGCAAAAGCAACACGCCCGCAGCUUCUAUAUUCAAGCCCCACAAUUCUCUCAAAACCAGCGCUACUACUGGUGAUCUCGCAAACCACUGUAAACGCUCUUGGCAGCAAGAACUCAAACAAGUUUUCGGGUUUCAUCAUGAUGGAGAUGACGACGAUGAUGAUGAGUCGUUUAAGGAAAUGGUUGACAAGCGAUGUGCGGACAAUGUUCGGAUGCUGAUAGUGGACGCCGUGCAAAAUGCAAAGGCAGGCCACCCCGGCAUGGCGCUUGGAAUGGCAGAAGUUGGGUAUGUGCUUUACAGACAUUUUAUGAAGUAUAAUCCUUUCAACCCUAAAUGGUUUAACAGGGAUAGAUUUGUCUUGAGCGCUGGCCAUGGCUGUUUGCUUCAGUACGUUUGUCUUCAUCUCGCCGGCUUUCAGUCUGUUCAGCUGGAAGACCUGAAACGCCUGUGCAAGCUAGGAAGUCGGACACCGGGUCACCCUGAGAACGUUGUGACAGAGGGCAUUGAAGUCACAACAGGCCCCCUUGGACAAGGUGUAGCAAAUGCGGUUGGUCUUGCCUUAGCAGAGGCUCACUUAGCUGCUAGAUUCAAUAAGCCUGAUGCUGUUAUCGUGGACCAUCGGACAUAUUGCAUUAUGGGUGAUGGGUGUGCUAUGGAAGGAAUAUCACAUGAAGCUGCAUCUUUGGCUGCUCAUUGGAAACUCCACAAGCUUACAUUAAUUUAUGAUGACAAUCAAAAUACCAUUGAUGGACCAACUAGUCUCGCAUUUUCUGAAGAUAUAUCAGCGCGAUUCAGGGCACUUGGAUGGAGCACAAUUACAGUGGAGAACAUACAUGAGAGCAUGUGUUCCUUCAAGGAAGUACUUCGCGCUGCCAUUGAUGAGACUGAAAAACCAACUCUCAUCCGGGUAAAGACGCUGAUUGGCAAAUUAUCAGGAAAAGAAGGAACAGCUAAAGCUCAUCAUGGUACCUUUGAUGAUAAUGAAGUGAAGAUGAUGCGAGAAAAAGUUAAAUGGGGUGAUCGCGAGCCAUUCCAUGUCAUUCCUAUGGUUUACAGGGAGAUGCGAAAUCAGAAAGACGAUGGAGAAAGGCUGGAAAGAGAGUGGUACUCUAAACUAUUUAGUUACAAAAGCAAGUACCCACAGGAGGCCGUCGAAUUGAAUCUUCUUCUUUCUGGUGGUCUGCUUCCUGGGUGGGAAAGUUCACUGCCGAAAUGGUCUGCAUCUGAUCCACUUGACGAUACUCGAGGGUACUCUGAGAAGUGCUUGAACCAGCUUGCUAAAGUUCUUCCAGGAUUGAUUGGUGGAAGUGCAGACCUUGCAAGCUCUAAUAAGGUCCAUCUCCAUGAUCACAGUGACUUCUCUCAGCCAAAUUCCCCUUGUGGUCGAAACAUCCAUUAUGGAGUUCGUGAACACGCCAUGGCUGGAAUUUCAAAUGGCAUUGCUUUACAUGGCAGUGGUUUGAUACCCUUUGCGGCCACUUUCCUCAUAUUCUCUGAUUACAUGAAGAAUUCCAUUCGGCUUUCUGCUCUAAGCCACGCUGGAGUAAUCUACAUCAUGACUCACGACUCAAUCGGUUUAGGAGAAGAUGGUCCAACUCAUCAGCCAGUUGAACAACUUGCAGGCCUAAGAGCAGUGCCGCGGCUUUUAGUCUUUAGACCAGCAGAUGGAAAAGAAACUGCUGGUGCUUAUAAAAUCGCUAUCGCUAAUCGAGAUGUGCCUAGUGUGAUUGUAUUGUCAAGGCAAAAAGUUGCGGCAAAUUUGGAAGGAACAUUGGCUGAAAAAGUUGGGAGAGGCGGGUACAUUGUAAGCGACAAUUCUGGAAAUGAUUUGCCAGAGAUCAUAGUGAUUGGAACUGGAACAGAACUAUGUCUUUGUGAGUGGGCUGCCAAGACUCUAAGGCAAGAAAGGAGAAGAGUGAGGGUGGUUUCGCUUGUGUGCUGGCGGCUUUUCGACAGGCAGCCGAAGGACUACAAGGAGAAGGUAUUGCCGUUGAGCGUUACAAAGCGGGUUAGCGUCGAGGCUGGUUCCCCAAUGGGCUGGAAAGAGUAUGUAGGCAUUGAAGGUAAGGUGAUUGCAGUGAAGGAUUUUGGGGCUAGUGGGGCUUAUUUAGAUACAUUCAAGAAGUAUGGUUUUACUGAAGAGAAUGUAACAAGGAUUGCAAAGUCACUGCUUCAUCAAUAG